CGUCAUCUGGCUAAUAGCGCAGUUAAAUCCUGCAACCAAACCAGCACACUUCCGAGAAAUGUAGCAGCUUCUCAAAUGAUGCGACAAAGCGAUUGCCUGACACUUCCUAGACAUGCUGCAGGUGUAAUUGCAGAAAUGCAGCAAACUCACAAUAGCGGUAGAUUUAGUACAUUGCAGCAUCCUCAACAGCAAAAUGCAACAAAUGGACCACCUAAUGGAUCCGUUCCUAGACCACCACCGCCUCCAAGAUGCCACAGCCCGACAGAGCAUAGGCCACAACAACAAUUGCUGCAACAGCAAAUGUUACAGCAGCAACAGCAACAGCAGAUGCAAACUGCUACACUUGGUCGCUCACAAAACAGAGUUCCGCAAGCGGCGCUAAGCGAAAUGAGAGUAUGAUGACACGCUGACGAGAAAAUCGGAGAACAAUGUGAUCUAUGUAAAACAGCGACACAGUAACAAAUUCGGGAUUGAGUUGGAUAUUUUAUAAAAGACUGCAGUGAUUUGUCCCUGAGUGCUAAACUUAGUGAAUCUGUUAAAUAAACAAAUAAAAAUUCAGUGAUCAAGGUACAGUGAAUUAGU